AUGAUUAUCUCUCCUGCAACCAAUAUUGCAUCGUCGCCAGUAACCCUCCCUGAUGAACUCAUCGCGGAAGUACUGUCUUUGCUCAAACCCAAAUCACUUUUGCGGCUCAAGUGUGUGAGCAAGUCAUGGAAUUCCCUCAUCUCCGAUCCAUUCUUCGUCAAUAUGCACCUCAUCAAAUCUUCACGAAAUCCAAACAUCAUUCUUUUCCCGGAAGACUUUCGAAACACUUCCAGUAUUGCCCUACUCAAUCCCUUCCUCCUACUACGUAGCAUGCUCGAGAAUCCCUUCCUCAUACCAUGCAGCUUGCUCGAGAAUCCCUCCAUCUUUCUCUUCCCGGAAGAUUCUAAAUACAAGUUGAUGGAAAGCUACUGUCAUAUUAUUGGUUCCUGCAAUGGAUUGAUCUGUUUGGUCUAUUCUCCCCUUAGGGUUGAUUCUCCAUGCCGGAAUGAAUUAUUUCUAUGGAACCCAGCAACCAAGUGGUUGUCUCAAAAGCUAGCCUCUCAUGAUUCAAAAUUCGAGUUUAAGUUCUCAUUUGGUUAUGAUAAUUUAACAGACAAAUAUAAGGUGGUGGCUUUCCGUCCCAAUAAGGUCAGAGUUCUCACUUUGGGUGAUAAUGUUUGGAGAAAUAUUCAAAGUUUUCCUACUUAUCCUUAUCACUAUACAAAUGUCUGUGUCUAUUUGAGUAAUAGUCUUAAUUGGUUUGCCCUUCGAGGUAUCCGCCCUUAUUAUCAUUAUCGUCGUGCAAAUCUCAGUGUUCAACAAUUUGUGAUUAUCUCUCUUAAUUUGGAAAUAGAGACCUACACACAGUUUCAGUUUCCCCAGGGUUUUGAUCAAGUGCCUAUUGUUCCUCCAAUUGUUUGCCGGUUGAUGGAAAGUCUUUGUUUUUCUCACUAUUCCAUGGAGUAUUCCAUAGAGUGUAGUUUUGUUAUAUGGCAGAUGAAGGAAUUCGGAGUCCAAGAGUCUUGGACGAAAUUGCUUAAAUUUGAUUAUCAUAAUAUACUUCAUAGUGUUGACCACAGAGUUGUUAGUUUGUUGCCAUUGCAUGUUUUUGAGAAUGGAGAUACGCUCAUAUUGGCACGCAAUCUUCAACAACUAAUUUGCUAUAAUUCCAGAGAAAAUAGAGUAGUAAGGCAAGCUACAUUUACAAAUAGCAUAGACUUACGUUGGUUUAAAUGUCAACCAUUGCGUUGA